AUGAUUUGAGGGCUAAGAUAGUCACCUCAAUUGUCCAUAUGUUUUGCGGCUUCCACACCUGCGGUAUCAAAAUGAGUCAAUUUGUGUAUGAGUUAUCACCCACUAACACCGAACGUAUUUGUAUACAUACAGCCAAAUCCAUUUGGCUGAGUGUCACGUCAGAUGCGAAGCGGUUUUGUCUUUUACCUUUCACUGUGUACAGUGCAGAUGUGGAGGUGGUACUGCCCCGUUCGAACCUGGACCAGUUCUCCCACUUGCUUUAG